UCUCUCUCCGUCUCUCGCACAACGAGCCAUCUCAUCUCUUUCUCAUUCUAGGGCUUUAUCUGAACCAGAAGCACUACUCGAGCUUUCCGAUUAGGAAAAUACAAAACAGAAAAUACAAACACUGUUUUUUGUUCGUAUUUUCUGUUUUUCCAUAACAAUUCCUUGCAAUCGGAGGCAGUUUUUCUAUUCAUCCUCAUCCUCUCGUCUGUUCUUUAAGCUUGAUUUGGUUCAGUACUUUUUGCAUAUUUUAUGGUUUACUAGAUCUGCGAAAAGGAAAACGAAAACGAAAACAACAUGGAGUUUCACCCUUUAAUCGUGGCAUCAUCAGCUUAGCAUCUGCUAGUGUCUCACUUGAUUCUGAGGAUUUACUUGGUCGAAGAAGUUAGUAUAAGUACUAGUAUUAUUGCCUUAAUCACAUAAUAUGAUUUUAUUGUUAUUUAAGAUAUUUGUUUUCUGUUGAACUGGAAUAAAUUAUACCAUAUAAAUGCUGCAUUUUUUGUUUAUCUAUUUUUGAUUUAAUUGCACAGAAACAAAGAAGCUUUGACCAUUUGCUUUGUUUGUUUAUGGAACUUUAGACAAUGAUUUUUGUGGACUUGUGUUAUAAGAAGUUUGAAUUUGCUGUGUUCUUCUAAUUUACAUUGAACUGGUAUCUAGAUGGAUGAAUGGAGAAAUAGUUUUGAAGAAUUAAGAGCUAAUGGACACAACAGAAGGAAGUAGGUUUGUAAUUGCUUAUAAUGAAUCUGAACACCUCAUUUCUUGUUAGCCCCUCUCAUAGCCUUCCAGGAAGGUGUUUUCUCCAAUUUUUUGGGCCCUUUUGUUCUGGUCUUGCUGGAUUUCCUUGAUUGGCUUCUUUUAGGUUUUUGGGUCUAGCCAUUGAUGACUAUAAAAUGUGGAGCUUGGGCUAGAGUGCUUGGGUUUUUUGUGGUAGAAUUUCAUAGCAUCUCUAAUGGAGAGAAUUAAAGGAGCUCUUAUUUAUGAUAUGUACCUAUUUUGGCUUUAUACAAUAAGAGCUCUGCAUAUGACAUGUUUCUUGAUUACAAAAUUUUGCAAUAUUUGUUUGUUUGUAACUUGUAACUCACCAGUAUUCAAUGUUUAAAGUCCAUAUAACACUCUUUAUUAUCCCAUUAUUACUAGACUGCAUAGAUGAUAUAUUCUUAGUUCUGCUACUUAUGAGAACAUUCUGUGUAGUAAUCAUCCUAAUCUAGGAAACACCUACUAAUGCUGAAUGCAGCAACAACUAUACUACUGCCUCUUAUUUUUUAUUAGCACUAUAAAAUACUUCAGCACAUGCUGUAACUCAAGUAGUGAUCAUUCUGCUGCCAAGGCAGCUUUAUGUGAGAACUGUUAUUAUUUCAAAAUGGGUUUCAUUAUGUGAUUUGGGUGUGGUGUUCCUGGCAUGUAUAUGAUCAUUAUUAGUAACUUGUUUGUUUCCUUUUUUAAUGUUAAAGAUGAAUGUUGGUGAAGUUCAAAACGAAGUUGAUUGUGAGGAGAUUGAUGAGAAGGAUGAGGUGUGGAGCAAACAAAUUGAGAAUUAUUUGAUUGAGCUAAUGGUUGAAGAGGUGAAAAAAGGAAAUCGAACUACUACAACUUUUUCUAAGUCGGGAUGGAAGGCAAUUAAGGAAGGACUUAAGGCUAAAUUUGAUAAAGACUAUAAUGAUGUUCAAUUGAAAAACAAAUACAACCAAUUGAGAAAUAGACAAAAGUGUUUCAAAGCUUUGAUCAAAGAGACUGGAAUUGGUUACAAUGUCAUUACAUGCCAAGUUAAUGCAACCAAUGAAUGUUGGGAAAGUUUGUCAAAGGUUCAUAGAAUGGCAAAAAGGUUUAAGAAAAAGGGUUGUAAGGAAUUUCCUGCAUUAUGCAUCAUUUUUGGAGAUACCACAGCCUCUGGUGCACAUGCACACCCUUCCACUAAAUCUCCAUCACACAAUGAAGAAGAGAGUUUUGGUGUUGAUAAUUCUAAAGAUACCUCGUCAAGGGUUAAUGAAGAAGUUGAAAUAAUUACUCCUGAGUCUCAAAAAUAGAAGAACAAGAGACAUACUCAAGCAUGAUAGAAAAUGCCUUCACAGACAUUGGAGAACAAUAUAAGAGAAAAAAUGAUUUGCUUGAACAACAAUUGGUGGGAGGGAAGACUCGAGCUGCAGCAACAUCACCCAAUACCCACGAAGUUGAUGUUAUGAAAGAGUGUUUGAAGGCUUUACAUGCUUUGGGUAUUGAGGGAGCUGCAUAUGGAAAAGCAGUGAAGGCUUUGCAUGACUCUGCUUUAUAUAGAGAUAUAUUUUUAGAUAUGUCUGAUGAAAGGAAAAAAGAUUGGGUGAUUGAGCUUUGAAUGUUAUUUUUUUUGGUGAAUCUUUAUUAGAAUACAUUUUAAGCUUCAGUACUGUUAAUGUUAUUUUAUAUCA